AAGGAAGGAGCCUUUCUUUUUAACUCCCUUUGAAGGUUUCUGAGUUCGAUGGCUCAAUCUUCGAUCCUCUUGUUCAAUCUCAAUCGUCUUUUCCGUCGCCACUUUCCGACACCACUUAAUCAAUCCUUGUUUUCCCGAUUCGUCACCACAAAUCGCAACACCAAGGUAAACUUUUCACCAUCAGAUUCCGAAUCCGAUGAUAACUCGCCAACGACGGCUGUGAAAGAGGUAGACGACAAGAGCAAGCUACCGCCUCCGUAUGAUCCAUUUAAGAAGACCCCUGUAAUCCAUGAACCCGAUGACCCGACCAACCUUCAGGAAGUGUUUCAUAAGAUACGGACCCAAGGGCUCAACAAUAAUGCAGUCAAGAUGUUCGACGCUUUGUCUAAAGACGGGCUCACCCACGAGGCGCUUGAUUUAUUUUCCCAGAUUAAAGAUAAAGGUGAAAUGCCGGACGUGGUGGCUCACACGGCUGUGAUCGAAGCAUACGCCGCCGCGGGUAAAGCUAAAGAAGCCCUGAAAGUGUAUAUGCGCAUGCUUGCCUCCGGCGUCCUGCCUAAUGCCUAUACCUACACGGUCUUGAUCAAGUCGCUGGCGGAGUCUGGAGACGAGAAAUUGUUGGCGGAAUCGAAGAAGUAUUUCAUGGAGAUGAUGGGGAAGGGUAUUAGACCGAAUCCAGGGACUUGUGUGGCGGUUUUUGAGGGGAUUGUGAAGGGUGGUAAGGAAGAAGAAGGUAGACAACUCGUGAUGAAGAUGAAGGCUCUUGGAUUUGCUCCUGAUCACAAGGGUUUGAGGGAGCUUCUAAACAACAAAAGAGGUCAGGUUUUCCGAUCGGUUAUCAACAUUCUAUUUGGAAACUGAGAUUACUAUUUAGCUUUUUGCAUUUUACAAGCAAACCCUGUUAAGUUCAUGUGUCAGUGUCAACAAAAAGAUUACAGCCUUAGAGGUUAUUGUUGAAUGCAUAGUCUUGAUUGGUUUAAUUUGUUCUUGCUUCUUGUGUUUUUCAUACAAAUUUGCAGCCUCAAAUUGGUUUGAUCAAGAUUUAUUGUCAUGUCAAUGGUAAACUAAGUGAAAUAUCUUGACUAAAGUGCAUGCUUUUUCAUGUGGUUCUUGGAAAGUAAAAGAACUCUUUUGGGGGUUUCCA